GUAAGGCGCGGUGGGCGGCAGGGAGCCGGGGCCGGGCGGGGAGGCGCCCGGGGGACGGAAGGGGCCGGGGCGGAGCGGCACGGAGCGCUCUCGGGGCCGGGCGGGCCGCCAGUCCCUGCUGCUGGAGAACCGCGUGUCCGGGGCGGGCGUGGCUCCGCGGACGGCCCCGCUCCCAGCCCCAGCCCCGCUCCCAGCCUCGGCCGCGGCCCCGGCGGCGGCGCGGCCAGCACCAUGCUGGGCACCCGGUUCUGCACCAUGGGGAAGCUUCCUUUUCUUCUGGCUAGGACACUCACUUCUGGGGCCAGUGGCUCCACAGUGCUACCUGACAUCUCUGAAGGACACUUACCCAUUCAUGUGAAUGAUGUGCGGAGCAGAUUGAGGGAUAUAGUGGGAGCAUCUACAAACUGGAGGGAUCACGUGCAAGCAAUGCAAGAAAGAAAAGCUCUUCAUACUUUACUGGCAAAACAGCAGGAAGAUCUUCCACCUAGGAGAAUGAAAGAUAGCUACAUAGAAGUUAUUCUGCCUCUAGGAAGUCAACCGGAAAUAAGAGAAAAAUAUCUGAAUGUACACAACAGUGUAAGGUUUGGAAGGAUACUUGAAGAUCUUGACAGUUUAGGAGUUCUUAUUUGCUACACUCACACCAAGCAGGAAAUGCAGCCAAGGUCUCCUUUAUCAAUAGUUACAGCUCUGGUGGAUAAAAUCAAUUUGUGCAAGAAGAUUAUAUAUCCGGACUGUGACAUCAAAUUCACAGGCAAUGUUUCUUGGGUUGGAAGGACCUCAAUGGAAGUGAAGAUGCACAUGCUGCAGCUGCAUGAUGGUGAUUACAGCCCUGUGCUAGAUGCAACCUUUGUCAUGGUGGCCCGGGAUCCAGAAAAUAAACGGCCAGCAUUUGUUAAUCCACUUGUUCCUGAGACCCCUGAGGAAGAAGAGGUCUUCAAGCAAGGGGAAUUGAACAAGUUGAAGAGGAUUGAUUUCAGCACUGCCUCCUUACUGAAAAUGGCUCCCACUGCAGAAGAAAGAAACAUUAUUCAUGACAUAUUCCUUAAUACAUUGGACACAAGGACAGUAAGUUUCCGGAGUCGUAAAUUACCACCCAAUUCAGUGUGGAUGGAAGAUGCAAAGCUAAAAGGCCUACAGAUUUGCCAUCCUCAGGAACGAAACAUCUUCAAUAGGAUCUUUGGGGGUUUUCUCAUGAGAAAGGCGUUUGAACUGGCAUGGGCAACUGCUUGCAGCUAUGGGGGUUCCAGACCUUUUAUUGUAUCUGUUGAUGAUAUCAUGUUUCAGAGGCCAGUUGAGGUUGGAUCUUUGUUACUCCUUUCUGGUCAGGUCUGCUACACAGAAAAAAACUACAUCCAGGUUCGAGUACACAGUGAGGUUCAUGAUGCAGAUACCAGGGAGAACCAGACAACCAAUAUCUUCCAUUUUACAUUUAUAUCAGAAAAUGAGGUCCCACGGGUUGUCCCCAAAACUUAUGGAGAGUCCAUGUUGUAUUUAGAUGGGAAGAGACACUUUGCUGCCAUCAUGAAAGAAAUCUGACAGGCACUGGGUGCUCUGUCAGCAGUGUAGCAGCAUGCUGUCUUGGAAAGUUGUCACCAGAGAUGACUAACAGACAGGUGCUCGUGAUACUAAAAAAAACCAAAACACUGCAAAACAAAGCAAAACCCCAAACAAAACUUCACAAUGAAAAAUACCUUUUUAUUGCUGUUUAUGCAUUUGCAUAUAUUUGGAUUUUUUAUGCUGUGCUACUAGGAUUUGUUGAAAUCUGCUUUUACAUGCCAAUGCUAGGAAAAAAGACUGAACAAAAAAAUCUGAAGCAUUAGACAGUUUCUCUGUGUUGGGAGAUCUGAUUACAGCCUUUCCUGUCUUGUCAUCAUCUUUCUCUUAGCAGCUCUCCUUUGGGUUUUCCUGAUAAGGGAUAGAUGUUCUAUCAGGGAAAUGUAUGCAAUAGGUAGAUACAUUCAGAUGAAGCCAUUUGACCUACAUUCUUGUGUAAAUGAAGUUUAGGGUGUUAUUUUUUUUAACAAGGACACACACAUCUGGGCAGCAGCAUAAGCUCAAGAAGUUACUAGUGUGGGCAGAACGUAAAGCAGGUGUUUCCCCUCAGCUGGGAUUUUACAAGGUUGUUGCAGCUUCUGUUUUGGAUGGUUUCAUGUUCCCUUGGGAGGAAACUGAUUUUUGCAAAGAAAUGACAUAGCCAGAUGGUCUCUCCAGGCAUUCUCUUUGUGUACAGCCAGCCCUUGCCAGCCUCACUAUUCUUUUAAAAUGUAACUGAAGUUCCUUAAUGAGUUACUUCGUAUGGGCUAUAGAAAUCUGAUUGGUGAGAUUGAGUGGCACUGGGAAAUGGCAUUGUAGAACAGAACAUUUUGGUUUGUUAGGAAUUUGGAGCAGAAAAGAUAAAAUGCUGCUCAAAUGCUAAUGGUUGUGUGUGUUGUUGGAGUCGGGUUCAGAGAAUCUGUGCUGAGCAGCUCCCAUGUUAGUUGCUGAAUGGUGGCAGGAUUUUUAUCCCACUGAGGGAUGGUAUGGAACUGACAACAAUUCAGCUAUUCAACAAUUCAUCCUCCCCAGAUGAAUUAUUUGUCUGGCUUCUUAGUAGACUGUAAUUAAAUAUGAGUAUUACACAGCUUUAAAAGGUUGCCAGGUUUACCUGUGAAGAACAGAGUAAUUCCCCACCACAGAGGGGCCACCAAGAUGGAUCUAACUGUGGUAUAUAAGUAACAGGAAGCAAGUACUUGAUACUGAAGUGCUUCUGAUGGAGUGGAGAAAGUUUUAAUGAUCUCCAGUAUCUGGCAGAUAAAGCCCAAGAUCCUGAAAUUAGGAACAUGAGUGCAUGGGUGGCAUCAGCCUUUAGCAGUGAGGAUGAUUAGUCACAAGGACGAAACUGGACCUCUGAUACCUUCAAAUCAAGACUGAUAUCCUGUCUGAUCACAACUCUCAAAGAGGAGUAGUUGGGCUCUGUGGUAGGUUAAAUGCAUGAAAUACGAUGUCUUAUAAUACAAGAGAAUAGACUCUGGUUUCCUUGCUAGGUUUACAAUCUUUUGAAAUCAGGAGGCGGAAGCAGCAAGUGUAAAUGACGUGAAUUGGCAUGGAUGCAUGAAACAGGUUGAUAAAAUAAAGCAACAUGCUGAAAUUUUAUUUCUGAGUAAGAAAGUUUGAGAAAUUUCCAAUUAGGACCAGUGUCCUUUGGUGCUAGGAUAGAAUGAAGUUCAUGGCUUCUAACAGGCAGUUGCUGUGGUACACAUCAGUCUUGCCCUUCGAAGAUUUGGCUGCCUGUAUAUCUGAGUUAAGAGAGCUUUCCAGUGGAGGCACAGGGAUGUUGCCUGAUCUGGAUGAAAUUAAUGCAUUGCAGUGAUAGUCAAGUAAGCCCCUGAUGCCUUACAUGGAGUUUCUUUCUUCAGCCACACUCCAGUGCUGAUUCAGCUGUAUGAUGUUACAAUCUUUUUUUUUUUUUUUUUUUUUUUUUUAAAUGGUUAUGACAUGGUGGAUAUACUUGGUAUUUUCUGGUUUUCUCCUUUUUAAAACUCUUUGGAAGCUUAAUAUAUACUCGACUGACCACACAAGUGAAGAACUGGAGUUCUACCCCAGCUUCUUCCCCCCUUACUGCAUGGAUCACUGUUGGCUAUUAAAAAUAAGUAGGAAGGCGGGAAGUGGAGGGACCUAUUUCAGAACUAUGUAUUACUCUUGACUGUCUGCAGGUUUUUGUCAUUGACCUCUCAUUGGGGUACCAAGUUCUUCUUCCAACUGCUUUUUCAGCUGUAUUAAAAUAUGAAUUUUUCAUAACUUCUAAAUUCAGCCUUCAGGAAGGGAUUGAAGACAAGAAAAAAAGGUAAUAGAGUAAGGAGCAAGGCGUGACAUCGAAGAAAAUGAAUCCCACAAGUGAGGAUGGUUAGAAGAAUGGUGUGUCUUCAAAGUUCAUGAUAGCUUGAUCAUGCAUGACAAUCACAGUAGUUAUAGAAAUAUAUGUACAGUCAUACAGAAUGUGUAUAUAUAUACAUAUGUAAAAGAUAUUAAAAACGUAUAGUAAUAAACAGGCAUAUAUUAUAUGCUUACAUAUUUUUCACUUGGAGAAGGUAACUCCAGGUCAUAAUACUCUCUGAUAAUAGGCUAAAUGUUUCUUUGUUCAAGGCUGUUAUUUGUGCACGUUGCUGUUUAUAUUUGUGUGUGAGAUGAAAUUGUUCUCAGAUCUCACAUCCAGAAUGAAAAUAUUUUAACAUAGUAAUUAACGUUGAGUCCAUAUUGCAUCUUAAUGACCAAUCCAUCACUGCUGUGAGUGACUAAUCAUUACCACACAAGCCUAAAGAUGUUGGUGUAAGAGCUUUUCAUUUAUAGUGAACCUAUCUCUGUAACUGGCUGUGGCUUUAUAGUGGGAAGUAAAUGUUUCUGUGCCCAUUGCAUCUUGGAAUACAACGAGGAGGAGGAGGUCUGUGGUAGCUGGAUUGCCUCUCCUAACCCUCUUGGAAGUUAAUGGUGAUGAAAAGAUUUUUGUAGGACUGGCCAAGCUCAGUGCCGAAAAAGCACUUCACUUUAAAUGUUUUCUAUUUUUCUGUGUUGAAAGAAAAAAAUAAAGUUACUUGCUGGAACA